UUCACGUUUCAGUACAAAUCACAAUGAUUAAAAUAGUUAUAUUAUGCAUUUUUGUAUUAUUUGUGUUUGUGAGUGACGCUAAUGUCAGAGUUAAGCGCGGGAAAUAUUCAAAUUCACCGCAGCGAUUUUACAAUCAACCGCCACCGGUUUACCGCACUCGUGGACCUUUCAAUGAAAACAGUCAUUACUCCAGACCCCCGAGGCCUUAUAAGGUUAGUAGUUAUGAGGGCAUACCAUAUGACGAUUAUCGUGGCUCUGAAAAUGCAUACAGGCCUAGUAGUAGGAACAAGUAUCCAGAGAUGAUGAACGAAGAGUACCCUGCAUCUAAAGAUUCGUCGAGAAAUGAAGAAAUAACUGAUGAAGACCUGAGCAAUAUUGUCAGGAAUCUCUCAAAGAAAGAUUUAGAUAAGAUAUUUGAAAUGGCAAGUCAAGGAGAGAACAAAAAUUUUGAGGAAUAUCACCCUAAUUAUUCCGAAAUAAUACCUCAAGAAUUCGAAGAAAUUAAACCUUUCAUAAGCAAUGCGCAUAACUUUGAGUUCAAAGAGGCGAUAAAUUAUUUACCGGGCCAUAUAUCAGGCGGAGAUGAAAACAAUCUAUUACAUAAUGAUAUACAAAAUACAUUUGUAGACACGGAUGAAUCAAACCAAUAUUCUUUCAUAGAUAGCUUUAUUCAACAAGACUUAGGUCAGAGUGAACACAAUUCGAAUAAUAAUAUGUACAGUGAGGACUCUAUUACUCCCCAGAACAACCAAGGUGUAAUUUAUUCUGAUAACUCACAAGAAGAAAUCUUACCGAAGCCCGAUAAUUUACGCGAAGAUUUCGUUGGUGCUCACACAAAAAUUGUUCCUUCUAUAUUGAGGGCAGAAUCGAUGUACCAAUUAGAAAACAUUGCCAAUUUACCGCUAAUGAACUAUGAAAAUUCAAAACUAGAAUCAGUGAACUCCUACAGAGUACCUCAUUACACGGUAACAUCAUCAACGCGCAACCAACUUAAUCAAAACCAAAGAGCACAAACGUUUCAUAAAGCCCCAGCAGUUCAUCUUUCUCCGCCAACAACGAGUGCCACAAGUCAACAGGCUGCGGCCAGUCAACAAAGUGAUGCCCAUCUCAAAGCUGUCAAGAUCUGGACGCACCAGUCCAUCGGAACAGCUUACACAUUGCAUGAUGAUGGCACACUGUCCUUAGAGAGGCCAGAGCGACCGAACACUCAAUAUGGAUAAUGCUUUUGAUUUAUUAUUUAUUUUAUUCAGUAAAUUGCUUAUUAACACUACAGACAUACUCAGUGAUAUGAAGAUAAUAACUAAUAACUCUUUGAACCAAACUGAAAUACAAAAUCAAUCAAGAGGUGUGUAAAUAUUUCCGCGCUUGGAUUAAAAACAGAUAUCAGUAUACGAAUUAUAGGCACAUUAAAAUGUCUUUUGUAUUACAGGAUUAAAAUUAUUAUUUAAGCAAUGGUUUUAAGAUAUAGUUAUGUAAAUUAAAUUAUGUAAAAGUACAAAAAUAAAAGCUUUAAAUAUCUUUUAUGAUUUAAA